AUGCAUAGGCAAUCGUGGAUGUACAGGAACAUUUUGGCGGUUCAAGUUUCCGAGUUGUGGACACAGAAUGUAGCCGCAAAAAGGCUAGUGGAAUUUCGGCGUCUCGCAAAAACAGCUACGGAGGCAAUGUGGAGCGUCCAAAUAAGGCAGCUACUUCGCCUGUGUGAUAAGCCUCGAAAGUCACAAUCACAAGCCGUUCAUACCCCGGAACCGAUACAAUUGCCGCCCGGCAUUGCAAAGGUGUUGUCCCUGGGUCCCAAGUUCGCUGCGGAACCAAGAUGCUCAGGACCGGAGAUGCUGUCGAUAGUUCACCAGGUGGCCAGUAAGGCAGCCGAGGAGGACCAUGAUCGAUGUGUCUCGGAAGGAGUAGACAUCGUGAGUCGCCACAACGCAGAUAUGUCCAGGAAUCCAAUACAAUAUGCAAGAGCGUUUCUCCAGGAAAAUGAACUCGCCGUCCUCCCCGCAGAUAAGGAGGGUGGUUUCGUCGUGCUACCGAAAGGCAAGUUCAUCGACAAAGCGACGUGUGCAGUCUCCGCGGUGCUCGAGCGUCGGAGGAACGUCUCCCUGGCCAAGGUCAAAACCAGGGCUAAGGAACUAUGUCGUCAGUUGCACGUAGAUAAGCUGGUGAAGACCAUCGACCGAAGUGAGAGGGAUUCUCUGGAAGUGUUUUUCAGUGGGAAAACUCACAAACCGGGAGUGCCCUUAAGAGUUAUUGUGUCAGAGAGAGGAACUUGGCAGAAAGCAAUAGCGUUAUUUUUACAAGAAAAGCUGAAUAUGCUGGAAGUAGAGGACCCCUUUCUGAUAAGAAGUUCUGAUAAGGUAAUUGAAUUCUUGAGAUCACACCCGAGCGAUGGGUUCUCUGCUUUGUCGGUAGAUAUCAAGGAUCUGUACUAUUCAUUGCCGCAUGACUUAGUAAGCCAUUGUGUUGAGGAGGCAAUCGAGAAGUUCGGAAACAUUCGUUUUCAGAAUGCGACGGGAAUCUCGGUGUGCGGUUUUUUAGAGUUGUUAUCUGUGUACCUCAACUCUACAUAUGUUAAAUGGCAGGGGGAGUAUCUAAUCCAGAAGCAAGGAAUAUGCAUUGGGUCUUGCUUGGCCCCGGUACUUAGUGACAUUGUGUUGGCAAGACUAGACAGGGAGAUCGCAGGUCGAGUACAGAACGAGGUCGUUCGCGUAUUCCGAUAUGUCGAUGACUAUCUGGUCGUUCUGAGGCACCAGGAUACUGAGCAGAUGAUGGAGUCAGUCCUGACAUCGAUACAGGAAGCCUUGAGACCGCUUGAAACCACCCAAGAGAGGAUGACCAAUGGCAGCAUUAAGUUCCUGGAUCUAAGUCUGACGUUCACCGAAGAGCACGCCUGUUGGAUGUACUCGCCCAGAGGUAACAAACCUCUCCUGCCUUUUUCGUCAGCCCAUUCGAAGUUGGUGAAGAGGAGCAUAAUUAAUACGUGUUUUCGGAACGCUAUCAACAAAUCAUGCCCCCAUUCUAUGAGUCAUAGCAUGCACCAACAGGCCAUCAGGCUAGAAAAGUCGGGGUAUCCAACGACCUUGCUCACGACGGUUGCCGAGUCCCUGCUCAGAAAGACUUCAAGUCGGAGACAAUCGGAUCCGGAGUUGGAGGAUAGAACAGCAAGAACCGCAGUUAUUCCCUAUAUCCAUAAAGUAUCCCAUAAACUCAAAAAAAUGGCUGGUCGUGCCGACGUCCGAGUUGUGUUCUCGGCCCCAGAAAAACUCAUUAAACUUUGUCGGCUGCUCAACGGCGUACAUCGAGAACCGAAGGGGUGCAAAAAGCAACACAGGAAUCCGUACGUGGAAUGCAGGCAGAACGUUGUCUACAGGAUUCCACUUUCGUGCGGAAAGUCAUACGUGGGACAAACAGGGCGCUGUGUGAACGACCGACUGCGGGAGCAUUGGCUAAACUUCAAGAACUGCAGGGGUGGGUGGCUAGCGGAACACUGCAGGGUGUGUGGGUGUGAGCCUGUGGUAGCCCAAUGUGUAAUCAUCGGAAGGAAUUCAGACAGAACAGCUAGAGAGAUUAUAGAGGCCCAAACAAUCAAGGAUUUGGGUCAAACCUGUGUCAGUGUUUCUUCCAUUGCUUUACCUGACAGGGAGCUGACGUACCUCGACACGUGUAAAAGUAGAAAGAACCGGCAGGUGGCCAGAAGCGUUUAA